AAGCAACCAAACCCACCUGAAGACGAUCAUUCUGCUGUUACCAAUAUCAUCUGUCAGUUUGCGCAGUCAAUCGAUCAGCUACCAUGAGGAUCCUAACCAUCACUCUCCUCCUGCUCUCAGUGUGUCUGUGCGCCCUCGCCACAUCCAGCCAGAAGCAUCCCUCCAAAAUCUACACUCCAUGCUGCAUUCAUCUCACCUCAGCUGAUAUCAGCAGCGACAUAACUAUUUAUGGAUACGAAAAAUCGACUGCCAAAGGAGAAUGCAUGGAGGCUGUAGUUCUCCACAGUAAUAAUGGAGAGGUCUGUGCUGAUCCCGAAGCUGAAUGGGUGAAGACACUCAUCGCCAAUUUGACAUCUGGCGCCCUCACCACACCGAGCCCUGUCUCUCUCUCAGAGAAGCAUCCUUCCAAAAUCUACACUCCAUGCUGCAUUCAACUCACCUCAGUUAAUAUCAGCAGCGACAUAAUUGUUUAUGGAUACGAAAAAUCGACUGCCAAAGGAGACUGCAAGGAGGCUGUAGUUCUCCGCAGUAAUAAUGGAGAGGUCUGUGCUGAUCCCGAAGCUGAAUGGGUGAAGACAGUCAUCGCCAAUUUGACAUCUGGAAACCUGUGAAGCAUCACCGCUUGUCUUCAUCUUCCUGCUACUGCAUGAGAACAUGUUACACA